AUGGCAGACCAACGACCCCGCCGCGGAUCCAUCAUCGAUAUCGCUGAGCAACGACAGAAUCUCGCUUCCCUCGAUUCCUCCAUCAUCGACCGCCUCCCGGCCUACUCCGCCACGCUCUUCGACGCCAAAACCCAAAAACGGCUCACCUUCGAAGCCAUCGCCUCCCACCUGGGCCGCAGCGAAGUCGCCGUGACCGCCAUCUUCUACGGGCAGGCCCGCGCCUCCCCAGAGGACGCCGAGAAGCUGAGCCGCCUGCUCGGCCUGUCGGCCGAGUCCCCGAUCGCCGCCCAGAUGAUGGGCUUUCCGGACCGGGGCCAGGGCCCGGGGCCCAUUGCCGCCGGUGGAGCCCGCUGA